AUAAUAAUGAUUAUGAUGAUUCUGUUUCUGGCCUGGACCACUUCAGGCUUUUAGGCCUAAGAAGAAUCUUUUGCUUGGAUUUUAAAAAAGAUCAGUCGCUGCUAUACAGCAGCAUUUGAAAAACUGCUGUUGCACCUGAGAAUCCACAAUUUAGUUCUAAAAAUUGCUUAAAGACUUGUCAAAUGACAUCAAUGGCCAGUCUGUUCUCUUUUACUAGCCCAGCUGUAAAGCGUCUGUUGGGCUGGAAACAAGGUGAUGAAGAGGAAAAAUGGGCUGAAAAAGCAGUUGAUGCUUUGGUCAAAAAACUGAAAAAGAAGAAAGGAGCCAUGGAGGAGCUGGAGAAAGCACUGAGCAGCCCUGGACAACCCAGUAAAUGUGUUACUAUUCCUCGUUCGUUAGACGGGCGACUUCAAGUUUCUCACCGCAAAGGCCUUCCCCAUGUUAUUUACUGUCGAGUGUGGCGUUGGCCUGAUCUUCAGAGUCAUCACGAGCUCAAGCCAUUGGACGUUUGUGAAUAUCCUUUUGGAUCUAAGCAGAAAGAAGUCUGUAUCAAUCCAUAUCAUUACAAAAGGGUGGAGAGCCCAGUUCUACCUCCAGUCUUGGUGCCAAGGCAUAGUGAAUUCAAUCCACAGCAUAGCCUUUUGGUUCAGUUCAGAAACCUAAGUCACAAUGAACCACAUAUGCCACACAAUGCUACGUUUCCAGACUCGUUCCAGCAGCCCAACAACACUCCAUUUCCCCUUUCUCCAAAUAGUCCAUAUCCACCAUCUCCAGGGAGUGGUACCUAUCCAAAUUCCCCAGCUAGUUCUGGACCAUCUAGUCCGUUUCAGCUACCAGCAGAUACACCACCACCUGCAUAUAUGCCUCCUGAAGAUCAAAUGGGGCAAGAUACUUCACAGUCUAUGGACACAAGCAAUAACAUGAUCCCUCAAAUAAUGCCAAAUAUUUCUAGCAGAGAUGUUCAUCCUGUGGCCUAUGAAGAACCAAAACACUGGUGUUCAAUUGUUUAUUAUGAAUUAAAUAAUCGAGUUGGAGAGGCUUUUCAUGCUUCUUCCACUAGUAUCUUAGUAGAUGGAUUUACAGAUCCUUCCAAUAACAAAAACAGAUUCUGCUUAGGUUUGCUCUCCAAUGUUAAUCGCAACUCAACAAUUGAGAACACCCGGAGACACAUUGGAAAAGGUGUCCAUCUGUACUAUGUUGGUGGGGAAGUCUAUGCCGAAUGCCUGAGUGACAGCAGCAUAUUUGUACAGAGUAGAAAUUGUAAUUACCACCAUGGAUUUCACCCUACAACUGUGUGCAAGAUUCCUAGUGGCUGUAGCCUGAAGAUUUUUAACAAUCAGGAAUUUGCUCAGCUUUUAGCCCAAUCAGUCAAUCAUGGGUUUGAAGCAGUAUAUGAGCUCACCAAAAUGUGCACAAUUCGGAUGAGUUUUGUAAAGGGAUGGGGAGCAGAAUAUCAUCGGCAAGAUGUUACAAGCACCCCAUGCUGGAUAGAAAUUCAUCUUCAUGGGCCUCUGCAAUGGCUGGAUAAAGUACUUACCCAAAUGGGCUCUCCUCUUAAUCCCAUCUCUUCUGUUUCAUAGUGCCAAAAGUAUUUCUUCAACAGCCAUAAUUUUAGUGACCAUUUUCUAAUUCUACAGAAACUUCCAGUGUGGAUACUAUUAGAACACAUCGUGUUUGUUUUCUUCUACCAAUGACCAAUUCCAUUGUUUUUAUUAUCAUUUUUCCUUUGAUUUUGAUACUAAAGAAACGAUCAAGUUUGGGGGGAAAACUGAAAAUUCAGCAUUUUUUUCUUUGCUAUACAUAUUUAAAAAUAUUUGACUCCACUGGAAAUAUAUUGGUGUGUCUUCUAGGAACACAUUUUUGAACUGACAUUAGGGAAUUAAUAACACUAUAUCUUUUGCUGAGUAUGUAUUUGUAGCUCCAAUUUACAACCAGUUUUUAAUGUUGUAUAAUUUUGUGGAUGAUGGAAGUCCAACAAAACUAGCUUUAUUACACCGGAAAUUGCCUUUAGCUUGAGUAAUAAUAAUGCAACUUUAGUAUGUACAUGUUGAAAAACUGUUGUUACAUAUAGUGGUAUUAGAAUGCAUUGCUGCAAGUUCUGAGAUAAGUAGUAGCCAUUUUACCUUUACCCCAGUUCAAUUGAACAUGCCUUUUCAGUGCAAUCCUAUGCAUGACUACUUAGAAGUAAGUCUCAUUGAUCUCAGUAAGACUUACUGCCAGCUAUGUAUUGAUUGCUGCCUUAGUCACUGUUCUUAACAGACAUUUGAUCCAAGGCAUUCUCUUGCCUAGACUAGCCUGUACUUUCCCUUGACUUACACUCAUGCUGUGUGUUACACUUUUUUUUAGGUAUUGCUUUUUAGGCAAUCCCAUCUAUGAGAGUGGAAAACACUACAAUUUUGUGUGUAACAUUGCAAGGAGAUGCAUUGUGCUUUGCUAUCAGUUUUAGUUUGCAUCUUCAUAGCUGAUAUCCCGAAGCCUUCCUAACUUCACUACUGUGAUUCUUCAGUGUCAGUUUUGACCCUUUUGUACUUCACUUCUAUAACCAAAAUAUUAGGAAUCUCACUUCAGUAAGAUGUUUGCAGACAAAUCCCUUGAUGACGAUAACAAAAAGGUCAUUGCCAUCUGGUAACUGGAACCUGUAUGGGUAUAGGGGUUGAUGAAUCUUAAUCCUACAUAUACACAUGUUCCCUGGUAUUACCUGACACUAAAGUUCUCGGUUUUAACAGCCUGAUCCUAUACAGUGUUAGUUGUUUCUAAGCCUGAAGGCUUGACAAGUGAAGACGAAUGGUGUGGUCCCAACAGAGGUGGAGU